AUGGAGGUUGUGGAAAGUUCCGAGGGGCAGGAGCUGCAAAAGCUGGGGAGAGGAGCCUGGGACAACCCAGCUUACAGUGGUUCCCCCUCCCCACAUGGGCCACUGAGGAUCUGCACCGUCUCUAGUGCUGUGCCCCCCCAGCCCCAGCCCCAGGAGCCUGAAGAUGGACCCCCAGAGAAGGCAAGCUGGACCAUGGUGUCCAGCUGCUGCCUCCAGAUCCGACGUGGCAUCAGAGGACUUUGGGGAACAACCCUGACUGAGAACACAGUAGAAAACCGGGAACUUUAUGUCAAGACUACUCUGCGGGAGCUUUUGGUGUACAUCGUGUUCCUGGUGGACAUCUGCCUUCUGACCUACGGAAUGACAAGCUCCAGUGCCUAUUACUACACCAAAGUAAUGUCUGAGCUCUUCUUACAUACCCCAUCAGACACUGGAGUCUCCUUCCAGGCCAUCAGCAACAUGGCAGACUUCUGGGCUUUUGCCCAGGGUCCACUUCUGCACAGUCUGUACUGGACCAAAUGGUACAACAACCAGAGCCUGGGCCAGGGUUCCCACUCCUUCAUCUACUAUGAGAACCUGCUGCUGGGGGUUCCGAGACUGAGACAGCUGAGGGUCCGCAAUGAUUCCUGCGUGGUGCAUGAGGACUUCCGGGAGGACAUCUUGAGUUGCUAUGACAUCUACUCUCCAGACAAGGAAGAGCAACUCCCCUUUGGGGCCCUCAAUGGCACAGCGUGGACAUACCACUCACAGGAUGAACUGGGGGGCUCCUCUCACUGGGGCCAGCUCACAAGCUAUAGUGGAGGUGGAUACUACCUGGAUCUUCCAGAAACCCGACAGGCCAGCGCAGAGGCACUUCGGGCCCUUCAGAAGGGUCUGUGGCUUGACAGAGGAACCCGGGUAGUCUUCAUUGACUUCUCUGUCUACAAUGCCAACAUCAAUCUUUUCUGUGUUCUGAGGCUGGUGGUGGAGUUUCCAGCCACAGAAGGUGCCAUCCCAUCCUGGCAAAUCCGAACAGUGAAGCUAAUCCGUUAUGUCAGCAGCUGGGACCUCUUCAUUGUGGGCUGUGAGAUCCUCUUCUGCAUCUUCAUCUUCUACUACGUGGUCGAAGAGAUCUUGGAGCUCCACAUCCACCGGCUUCACUACCUUAGCAGCAUCUGGAACAUUCUGGAUCUGGUGGUCAUCUUGCUGUCCAUUGUGGCUGUGGGCUUCCACAUAUUCCGAACCCUGGAGGUGAAUCGUCUGAUGGGGAAGCUCUUGCAGCAGCCAAAUAUGUACGCUGACUUUGAGUUCCUGGCCUUCUGGCAGACACAGUACAACAACAUGAAUGCUAUCAACCUCUUCUUUGCCUGGAUCAAGGUAUUCAAGUACAUCAGCUUCAACAAAAUCAUGACCCAGCUCUCCUCCACACUGGCCCGCUGUGCCAAGGACAUCUUGGGUUUCGCUGUCAUGUUCUUCAUCGUUUUUUUUGCCUAUGCACAACUCAGCUACCUGCUUUUUGGGACUCAAGUGGAAAACUUUAGUACUUUCAUCAAGUGCAUUUUCACUCAGUUCCGGAUCAUCCUUGGGGACUUUGACUACAAUGCAAUCGACAAUGCCAACCGCGUCCUGGGACCUGUUUACUUUGUCACCUAUGUCUUCUUUGUCUUCUUCGUGCUCCUGAACAUGUUUCUGGCCAUCAUCAAUGACACGUACUCUGAGGUCAAGGAGGAGCUGGCUGGACAGAAGGAUGAGUUGCAGCUUUCAGACCUCCUGAAGCAGGGUUACAACAAGACCCUGCUGCGGCUACGGCUGAGAAAGGAGCAGGUUUCAAAUGUUCAAAAAGUCCUGCAGGGUGGAGAACAGGAGAUCCAGUUUGAGGAUUUCACCAACACCUUGAGGGACUCAGGGCAUGCAGACCAUGAGAUCACCAAGCUCACAGCUGCUUUCACCAGAUUUGACCAAGAUGGGAAUCACAUUCUGGAUGAGAAGGAACAGAAUCAAAUGAGGCAGGACCUGGAGGAGGAGAGGGUGGCCCUCAGUGCUGAGACUGAGAACCUUGGCCAGUCCACUGUGAGUAACCCACCAGGAGAAUUGGGUCCAGAGGCUGCCAGAGCAGGUGGCUGGGUUUCAGGAGAAGAAUUCCACACGCUGACUAAGAGAGUUCUGCAGCUGGAGACUGUUCUGGAAGGAGUGGUGUCCCAGGUUGACGCUGUAGGCUCAAAACUGAAGAUCCUAGAGGAAAAGAGGCAGCUGGCCCCCUCCCUGGGCAUGGGAGAUCAUCUACCACCUGUCCCAGCUAUGACUCCAGCCUCCUGGGGAUUCCAGGGUGGACCAGAGAGUGAUGGGGGAGGAGCCCUACAUUCUCACCCUCCCAGUUCUUCUCUCACUGUCUCUACAGACAUGCCCUCUGCACAUGUCCUUCCCUUCUAG